AUGCAUUUCUCCAAAAGUGUUAUUACCCUCACGGCUUCCCUAGUGUCCCUUGGUCUCGCUGCCGACCCUCUAAUCUUCACUUCCUGGCCUCAUGAACCCCUCGAACCUGGCAAGCCGGUUACCCUAACAUGGACCGGCGCUGAUCCUGGUCUGCCCGUAACUAUUUUCCUUCGCCAAGGACCCUCGGGUGACCUCCAAGAUGUCAAGCCCAUCACUACCUCCAGUAAGGGUGACACCUUCACCUGGACUCCUGAUAAUGAUAUCAAACCCGGCAACACAUACGCCUUCCAGAUCACGCAGAAAGAUCAGACCAAUUACACUGCUCUUCUUAAGUCAGCUGGCAAGCCCGCUGCUGAUGUUCCCGCAGCUAAGGAUGCCAAACCUGAAACUGGAACUGCGGCUACUGCGACUACUGGCACCACCACCGGAACCACAACUAGUGUUGGUGCAGCUACUGGUACAAACAUCGGCACCACAACUGGCACUAGUCCUGGUACUGCCACUGUUCCCACCACCGAUACCACAACUGGUAUUACCACCGACACUACCGAAACUACGUCCGCCCCUCACACCCAGAUUAUAGACGGUACAACCGAGACAACCCAAGCAACCCAGACCACAAUGACCAGCACUGCCAGCAAGCCACUCAUCAGCUCUGCUACUAACCCUUCUGGAAGCCCUUCCAGCUCCGCUGCUGCCAGGUCCACUGAUAGCUCGAAAGCUACCGACACUGAGGUCUUCAAUGGCAAGGAAGCAUCCUCCACCGGAAGUAUGCGCACCGGCGCUGCUUCCAUCCCACAAUUCUCCCUCCACUUGGUAAUGGGUAUUACCGGUCUCUUGGCCUACCUAGUCUAA